AUGCAGGCGCAGAAAUCGAAGCAUCCUGCUGAUUGGGAUGUUUGGUGGAUCUGCAACAUUGCAAUAGAUGGGUUUGGGAUUGCUCCCUAUAGCUCUUGGGAAUCGUCAGGAGAGGGACAAAAGCAAAUAUGCAAGCUGGACGACAAGUGCUGCUGCAUCCAGCACACGGGCUUCAACGAGCUCGGGGGUCUGAGAGGACCUGAUGGGCUAUGCCUGAGCAGCGAGUACAAAUGUUGUUGCCAGUAUAAUUCCUGCAAAUGCUCCUGCGUGGGAUGUCUGGACGAGAAUGGAAUCUGUCAAAGGCAGAAUCAAGAGUGCUACUUGAAGCUUGAUGAGAAGAAGUGUGGAGGACGAGGUGACAGCAAAUGCCUUUGUGUCAAACAGUCGUACGACAAUCGACUCGAGGGAUUGUGCGACGAGUCGAUGAAUUUCUACAAGAAUGCAUGCCGAUGCUGCUGUCUCAUCGGUGAGGACAGCGCUAAGGUCACGGACUUGCAGGGUGAGGCGGGCUUCGUCGCAGUCGACUCAAGGGUCCUCUGCCUAAUCUCGACUUGCAACAUCAUCCCCCAGAAGAUCUUCAUCGAGUGCUGCGGUGUUCGCUUGUUCGGCCCGUCCAAAGUCAAAGGUGGGGAUUUCAGCUCGUCAGCAGCCCCCCCGGUGACUGUGCAGGACGGAGGUUCAAAGUUUGGAAGCGUGUGCGACGAUGAGCUGGGAGACUCGACGAUCCCGUGCGCUUUGAAGAUGUAAGCAGAGUGAUUCGAGACCAGACGAAGAAAUUCAAUGGAGACAGAUGAAAAGAAGGAUGACAUUUGCGAUUUUAUGAAGAAAAGAUAAGACUAGAAGUCCUGAAAAUAAAGACUGAAUGACGAU